UCCUGGAACUUGCUGACGCGAACUCAGCAGAAGUACGAGUUCAUCAGCUGGCGCCUGACGCUGCUAUGGUUCGUGGGCUUCUUUUUCCGGUACUGCUUCCUCCUGCCCGUCCGAAUCACCAUCUUCUUCACUUCGGUGGCCUCGUUUGUCCUCUUCGUCUCGGCCGUUGGCGUGCUGCCAGAGUGCCGGCUGAAGCGCUGGCUCUACGACAAGGUCUCGCUCAUGGCGUUCCGCAUGUUGACGCGGAGCUACUCGGGCUGCGUGCGCUUCCACCAGCUGGAGAACCGGCCGCGCGCGCGGGGCGUGUGCGUGGCCAACCACACCUCGCCGAUCGACGUCUGUAUCCUGAGCUGUGACGUCAGUUACGCUCUGAUCGGGCAGCGGCACAGCGGCUUCCUGGGGCUGCUGCAGCGCGCCCUGACGCGGGCCUCGUCACACAUCUGGUUCGAGCGCGGCGAGGUCAAGGACAGGUCGGCGGUGACGCGCCGGCUCAAGGAGCACGUCGACGACCCGCACAAGCUUCCCAUCCUCAUCUUCCCGGAGGGUACCUGCAUCAACAACACGUCCGUCAUGCAGUUUAAGAAGGGCAGCUUCGAAGUGGGCGGCACCAUCUACCCCGUCGCCAUACGGUACGACCACCGGUUCGGCGAUGCCUUCUGGGACAGCAGCCAGUACAGCAUGCUGCACUACCUGUACAUGAUGAUGACGUCGUGGGCGAUCGUGUGCGACGUCUGGUACCUGCCGCCAACCUCGCGUCAGCCCAGCGAGACGGCCAUCGACUUCGCCAACCGCGUCAAGGCGUCCAUCGCCAGCGCCGGUGGACUCGUCGAUCUCAUGUGGGACGGGCAGCUGAAGCGGAUGUCGGUGAAGAAGGAGUGGCGGGAGAAGCAGCAGCAGCACUUCACGCGCCGCAUGCUCGCCAUCAACCAGCAGCUGCGCGACGAGCAGCGCGAGAAGGACGAGUGAGCGGCGGUGCUGGCGGCGGCCCGGCUCCGGCCGGGGGCGUGUCUUUCCAGUCAGCGAAGCCGGCAGCCGUUCUCCUUCAAUCGACGUACGCGCUGCCACCGGACCGCUGCGGCCACUCGUGCGCUGUGGUCUGAACCGAGCGGAGUCGACGACUGAGCCGCGUCUGAUGCGCCGGCCGACAUUCCGGGGAGCCCCCGGCCCGUCGCGAAGUAGCGCUCGUCUCACAGGUUGUCACGAGUGUCGAGGCGAGACGGCAGGGUGCGAGGCGUCCGGGACCCCGAUGGCCAGACUGAUGCCGUUGUGGCGGAGCUGUGCUGUGACAACCGUGCGGCGGUGCACGGUUACGACGUCGCAACGGAGGACAGCCUCGCGUUAGCGACUUGGUGUCCAACUGGUUAGUGACGUCGCUUGUAGCUGUUCCAGUAUGAGAGCCACGUGUAUGAGUGACGCUGGUCGUCCCAGUCUGGCGUUUGUGCGGCUGACGGGAUGCCUCCAGUCCAAAACAAACUUGUGUGCCUGCGAUGGUAGCUGCUCUUGUUUGAGAGCAUGGGUGACAAUGUGACGGCAGGACUGUGUCAGUCUGACAGCGGUGGUUGACAGUGCGACGAUAGCUGCGUGUGACUAUGUGACGUCCGAAGGUGGCUACUCGAUGGGGUCAGUUGAAAAUAGCGUGACGAAGAGCGUGACUGUCCUCUUGCGAAAGAAGACUUGGCGGCGUCCACUCGCAGAGCUCGGCGGUGCCGUGGACGCCACCGCAGUGUCAUCGGAUGGCAUGGAAGCGGGCGAUGGCGGGCACUGCCGACCCGGGGGGCCUGUGUUGGGCAGCUGCGAACGCGAGUGAACCCGUGCUCUCCCCGCUCGCGGCGGUGUGGCCCUGGUCGAGCGACCCCGCCUUGGAACGCGAGCUUGGAACGCGAGUGAGCCUGCGCCCUCCCCGCACGCGGCCGUGUGGGCCUGGUCGGGCGACCCCACCAGCUGGGCUUCGAACGCGAGUGAACCCGCGCCCUGCUCGCACGCGGCCGUGCGGACAUGGUGGAGCCGCCUCAUCAACUGAGCUGCGCGUGCGGCAGCGGCGCGGGUCGCGCUGCCCGUUAGGAUCGUUUUUGUGCUUCGAGAGACUAUUUUUGCGCACUAAAUCGUAUGCAACUAUUUGGUAAUGCCCUUGUUCGUGAGCCUACCAGCGGGCUUCGACAGUUAUCAUGGGAGAUCGCAACAAAAGGGCGGAAUUAGCGAUAGGUUGCUUUAACACUUGACCCAAGAUUUUCGGUUGAUUAUUUAUGGGGUGUGCCUACUUUGUUGGUGUUGUUUGUGUUUCAGACUGUCAGGCUUUCGAACAGUUACUCAGUUUUUGUUUCAAAGUUGUAGGAAGUUCGAAAAGCCUUCAUUGAGAUCUUUUGUUUGUUGAUAAGACCUGUUUCAUAAAGCGGAGCAUUAUUAUCUGUUCGUUACGUAUUCCCCGUUAGAUAUUAUUGCAUCUAAUUUGUGCUCGAUUGAAACCGCAGCGUGUAUCAUGUGUCGUGUUCCAGUGCUUCCAUGCCAGGUUGUCUAGUCUUGGGUUCUUGCCGCGCCGUGUUCGCACAACCCUGCUGUCGAGGGGCUCGCCACGCGUGACCGUGGCGUCGAUGAGCAUCGCCGCCGCCGCCGUCGGGUGCGGCAGGUCUGCACUGUGGUGGGACAGGUUUGGAUUGGGACGGGACAGGUUUGGACUGUGGUUUAACACAUCUCGGCUGUGACGAGACAAGUCUGCACGGUGACUGCGCAUCUGGACUGUGACGGGACAGUUCUGCACCGUCACGAUACGGAUCUGCACUGUGACGGGACAGGUCUACACUAUGAUGGACACAUCUGGGCUGUGACGGACAGGUCUUGACUGUGCCAGACAAAUGCAGACUGUGACGAGACAGAUCUGGGAUGUAACUGACAGACCUGGACUGUGACGAGCGGGUCUAGACUGACACGACAGGUAUGGACUGACAGGGCACCUGAACUGUGACGGGACAGAUCUAGAUUGUGGCGUCUGUGACGGUGUGGGGUAGAAGUGCACCGCGACGAGCAGGCCUGGGCCGUCGCGAGACGGACCUGGACUAAGCCCGCACAGAUCUGGACUGUGACAAGACAGGCCUGUACAUUUACGAGACAUGUCGGGACUUUGACGAAUGGUCUAAACUGGCGGGACAGAUAUGGAUUGUGACGAGGCGGAAUAACUAGCCUGUGACUGUCUAUUGCGACUGUCUGGGCAGCCACGAUCAGAACCAAUACAUGGUAUCGUAUGGG